GGAGGCUCAGAUAUGAGCAGGAUGCUGACAGGGAACAAGUUCUGGUGAAAGCCUUUUGAAAACAAAUGGAAAGACCAAGAUGACUCAAAGCUCAUCAGUUCAGCAGGUACAGGAUUUUCUCCAGCUCUCCGAACAACGGGUUCAGUCACAGUCGUUGGCCAGGAACCAGGGGUUUGGGCUCCUGUUUUGUCUGUUUUGUGUUGCCUCCUGUAUCAUUGGUACAUUCAUAGGGUUGGGGUACUACCUUCCACAGGAAAACACUCAAACCACUCAAGACCCUCUUCCCUGUCUCUCUCCAGCAUGCAUGAGAGUAGCAGAACACUUAUCUGCAGCCAUGGAUCCUUUUUCUCAACGCUGUGAUUACUUCUUGUUUAGCUGUAAAGCAGAAAUGUCACUCAACAGCAGAGCGAGACGCCGUGGCAAGAUAAUGUCCCAUAAUGUCACCAGAAGAGAUGAACUGAGAAGGAGAAUGGGGAGUGGUGAUGGGAUGCGAACAGACAGUGGGUCAGACACUGAAAGAGAGAGAGAUAACAGAUCACCUGACAGACAGACAGCUUUGCUCCAAGCAAUAAAAGAAAUUCUGGAGUCUCCCAAAAGGAAUGCUAACAGUUCAGCACAGAAAGCACAGAUGUUCUAUAACACCUGCAUGAGGCCUAACACUACACUGAAUGAGAGCAUAUAUCACGCCCAGACGCUAAUUCAGCAGCUGGGUGACUGGCCUGUAUCUGGGAGCUGGACUCAGCCUGAGUUGAACUCCACUCUGGCUCUGCUGAUGUCACAAUACAACACUUUUCCUUUCUUUAAUGUGUAUGUAGGACCUGACCGCAAUGAGAGCCAGAACUACAUACAGAUUGAUCAACCAGACUUUCAGUUCCCUAUUGAGUGGAACAACCAAACAAACAGAUCCAAAUUCAACUCGCAGUUUCUCCGCCCAUUCUUCUCAUCCUGUAAGAAGCUUUUGUCCUUGUUGAACAUUUCCUUUCAAUGCAGUACUCAGCACUGUGCCUGGUAUAUGUCUCUGAGUUCAACUCUAGUUACAAACACUGCACCUCUUUCCUACCGACUCAGCCAGAAUCUCCUGUAUCAUCGAAUCACCAUCCAGGAGUUACAGGAGCUGGCCCCUGCUAUCGAUUGGCUCAGCUGUCUCCAGGCUAUCUUUCAUCCUGUUCCUGUCAACAAAUCAGAUUUUGUGUUAUUGCACAAUCGUGCUUAUAUCAUCUACAUGUCACAGAUAAUUAGCAAAUGGAGAGAUACACAUGAGCCGAGGGGCAGUUAUCCUCUCCACACUUACAUGAUCAUGAAUCUUCUGCAAACACUCAUGCCCGCUCUGCAUACCAGAUUCCUGCAGACCAUGAAAAACUUCUUUAUAGCAACUGACAGUGAAAAUGAGGUUGUGCCACAAUGGAAACACUGUGUACUGCAGACAGUGAAAGCUUUUGACACUGUGAUCAGUCAUUUGAUCAAAGACCAUUAUGCUGGUGAAGAGGCUGAAAAUCUGAUCAGUGAUAUUUACUACUCCAUCAAGACCAAACUAGCCACCCUAAACUGGCAGAAUGAGGACACACGGGAUUUAAUUUUAAAUAAGAUUAAGUCUUUCACACCUAGACUCUCCACUAACAGUGAAUUCUUCAAUCAGCUGAAAUUUGAUGAGCGUUUUAGAGAGGUGAUUAUAAGCGAGAAGAUCUAUUUCUCCAACUACCUCCAGAUGCUUAUUCUUCAGCAGAGGAUGAGGAGCAGACUGCUGUCUCACACUCCACAGCCUCAUGUUUUGUCCAUCUAUCCAUUUUUCUCUGGUAAUGACAUCAUCAUCCCAAUUGGAAUGUUUGUUUCACCACAGUUUCAUUCCUCCUAUCCCAGAGCUCUCAACUAUGGGAUGUUGGGAACCUUACUUGCAAAAGACCUCCUGCAUCUGCUGUUGCCUGAUAUCCUAUCUCAGUCAGAGACUGCUGUGCUGGAGAGUGAGUGUGUGUGGUCACGCUAUCUCACAGCACAGAAGGGAACUUCCUCACUCUUUCCAUCCCAGCAGCAGGAGGUGUGGGUGCAGUACUCAGCCCUUCAGGUGGCUCUACUGUCAUAUAAUACGAGUUUGUGGAGGCAUCCAGGUGACACCUCUGUGUCAGGACUCUCUCACAUUCAUCUGUUUCUUGCCUCAUUCACAAAGGCAAGCUGUGAUCCUGACCCAUAUAGAGCACUCAUGCCCUUUGAACCUUCCUUCCUGGUGACUGUACUGUGUGCCAACUCUGUGAACUGUCCCAAACCACAGACCUGUGUGGAUAACAGAUCUCAGAGACAUCUUCCUGAACUGUGCUAGAUGCGUGGGUCUGCUGAGGAACAUUUUUCAUAGCUGGGCAAUAAAGUGGACACUAAAACAAUAUGAUGCUGCUCGGAAAUUGGAUGUAUACAAAGGGCUUCAGUAGAGACCACAUGAGUUACGCAUUUCACAUUUUGGAUAUAUACUUACUUUUAUAAAUCAGAAAGUUUUAGAGUCUCAAGUUUUACAGUCAGUGUUAGUAUCAGCAUUAUCUAUCCCUGUCCUGGGUUGAGCUGAUCUCAGGGUCUUUUUUUCUAUUUCCUCUCUGACCGCAUGGGUUUUCUCAGGGUUAUUUGGUUUCCUCCCACCUCACAAAACAAUGAUAAAUAGCCCCUAGGUUUGAAUGCAUACAUGAAUAUGUGUGUGCACGGUGCCCUGAGAUGGACUGGUGUUCCAUUCAGGGUGCGUCCUCAGCUUGCGCCCAGUGGACAAGGUCCGGAUUUAGGAGUGUGAUCAGGAAAAAUAGAUUACUGAAGAUGAAUGAAUGAAUGAAUGAAUGAAUUCUCUUCCCCUGUGGCCAUACACUACCAUUCAAAAGUUUGGGGUGACUUUAAAAUGUCCUUAUUUUUGAAAGAAAAGCACUGUUCUUUUCAAUGAAGAUCACUGUAAACUAAUCAGAAAUCCACUCUAUACAUUGCUAAUGUGGUAAAUGACUAUUCUAGCUGCAAAUGUCUGGUUUUUGGUGCAAUAUCUCCAUAGGUGUAUAGAGGCCCAUUUCCAGCAACUCUCACUCCAGUGUUCUAAUGGU